AUGGGCGCGGAUCAGUCGAAAAGCUCUUCCUCAAGUACUUCGGAGGUCGAUCGACGGCCUCCUGAUUAUUACGAGCUCUUGGAAGUGGAUGAGAAUGCAGACUAUGAAGCCAUCAAGAAAUCAUACAGAAAAUUGGCCCUCGUCAACCACCCGGACAAGAAUCCGGAUAGAAUUGAAGAGGCUACCAAGUUCUUUGCAGAUUUACAGCAAGCGUAUGAAGUAAGUGAAUGUGAAAGGGCCUUCUAUGAUUCUCAUAGGAACGCUCCGGUAGCCGCCACCGACGACGAUAUCUUUGAAUAUAUUCGUGCAGGGGACGCAGCUACGAAUGACCCACGAUCCAAGCUCAACCGCCGUCCCGCUGGAGACCCCGGAAUCCAGCUGGAGCAGCUCAUGGCAUUCUUCGAUCCAAAACUCACCCGAAAGCUGGAUGACUCUACAGAGGGGUUCUAUUCCGUCUAUAGGACGCUUUUCGGUCUUUUGGCUUCAGACGAACGACUCCACAGCGAUACGCCGCACCGUAUGAUGUAUCCUUCAUUCGGACAAUCAUCAACCACAUACUCGCCGCCCCACGGUCUCACGCGCGCCCAAAAAGACUCACAGAUAUGGGCGAGAGAUUUCUAUGCGGUGUGGGGAGAGUUCGUCACCGAAAAACGGUUUGAAUGGAUCAACAAGUGGGAUGCAGACAAGGGUGACGACCGGAUGGUGAGGAGAGCAAUGGAAAAGGAGAACAAGAAGGCCAGAGAAGAUAUCCGGAAGGAUUAUAAUGACACGAUUCGACAACUGGUCAGCUUCAUACAACACCGCGAUCCUAGAUUCAAGCUCCACCAAGCAAAGCUUGCACAAACCAAAUCGAUGAAAUCAUCCAGCUCGAAAGUCGCAACACCUUCCACAAAACCUGCUGUUCAAGCAGAAGCAGCGCACCGACGUGAACAAGAGCGCCUUCGCCAGGCGGCCGCGUACGAAGAGCAAGACUGGCAGAAGAUGUCUGGGAACAAUUCAGACAAUGGGGAUGAAGUUGAUGAAGAUGCAGAGGAAGAGCAAGUGGGGGACGGAACUGGUGUGCGGAUAGAUGAUGGAAAUGGCAGUGAAAUUUUUGAGUGUGUUGCUUGUAGCAAGACUUUUGCCAGUGAAGCGAGCUGGGAAAACCACGAGAGGAGCAAGAGACACAAACAGGCAGUUUGGAGACUGAAAAAAGAGAUGAGAGCGGAGGCGAAGGCGAUGGGUAUGGAAAUCGGCGAGGCGGAAGAGUACGAUGAGCCCGACGCGACAGAGCCUGCUUUCCUGGCAAAGGAUAGUUCUCUAGCCACCCCCCCAGAAGAUGUUGGCGGUCUGCAAGAAGAGUACGAUGAGACCACUCAGGCUUCCAAAAAGCCCAAAAAGAAGGGUGGUAGAACAGCCCCUCAAUCAGGCCCACCGGAAUCGAAACCAGAUAUAGGGACAACUUCACCACUGCUUAAGCAGCGACCCUUGUGUGACGAACUCGACGCCACAGACAGAGACACGAAGACGGACAAAAGCGCCGCUAGCGGUCCAUCAAAACGUGACAAACGCCGAGCUCGAGAAGCGCGAAAGAAAGCAGACGAGGAAGAGCGCCUGGCAGCUGCGAAAGCUGCCCGAAAAGCCACCAAACAUAGUCUUACUACUUCUCGUGACGAGUUCGCGUCUGCAAGAUCGUCUGGCUUGAGUGGACAGGCUGCCAAUGAUGCCGAAAGCUUUGUGAUGCCAAAGCAGAAGGGCAAGCCGCGCUCGAAAGCGAAGGGCGACAAGGACGGCGUCGAGCGAGACGUUAGCGCUAGCGAAGACCAGCUGAAGGCUGUCGUGGCGGAUAUCCAAGAAAAGCGAGAUAAAAUGAUAGAGAAGUGGGACUCAAAUUGGGAAGAACUUGGAACGAAACUCAACAAGCUAUUAGGCGACAACAACCAGGCAAGAGCUACCAGAGUCCUUUGCCUUGGAUUGGGAAAGCCAUACACAGACCGGACAGCCCGCAUUCAGCUCGCGCUCCUGCUCGGGCUUCUCACCGCACUACAGGUCAGCUCUUCCUAUGUCCACUCUUGA